UAAAAGAUGCGAGUAACCAAUUCGUAUAAUAUAAAAUGGCCAAAACACAGACGAGAGCGGAGGAAGACGAUAAUUAUUAUUCUCUUUUUUUUUACAAAGGAAGAAAAGGCAAUCACUAAACCGCGAGCGUUUUGUUUGGGUUAUGCGAGGGCUCUCCAUUUGAACAAGAGAGUAUGGAGGGAUGAUGAACGCAGCAGAGGCAACACCCAACGGCAUGAACGACGAGGACGAUAAUAACAUCAUCAAUUACAGUUGCAGGGAUAAUCAUACCGGAGACGAUAACAUUGAUCAGAGGAAGCAUAGCCAAUCAUGGAGCACGUGGGAGGAGCUGUUGCUGGCAUGCGCCGUGAAGCGGCACGGCUUCCAUGACUGGGACUCCGUCGCCAUGGAAGUCCAGUCCCGGAGCUCUCUCCCCCGUUUUCUCACCACCGCCCAGAAUUGCAAGCACAAGUACCGAGAUCUCAAGCGCCGGUUCGAGGACGACGGGGUAGGGGACAACGAGACGGAGGACGGAGAUGACAAAGCCGAUAACAUCCCCUGGCUCAAUCAGCUCCGGGGCCUUCGCGUGGCGGAGCUACGGCGAGAUCUUCAGCGAUAUGAUGUCUCGAUACUGUCACUUGAGUCGAAAGUUAAGAAAUUAGAGGAGGAGAGAGACAGGAGCGUCGGAUGCCAGAAACCAGAUCUGGACGACGACUCGAAGGGGGAGAGAUCAGAGAACGAUGUAACUGAACCGGCUAGACCGAACACGGUUAUGGCGGAGGAGAAGGAGUCUGACCGGGAGAACGGGUCCAUCAACGAGUCCAACUCGACAGCUUCCGGCGGGAAACUCGCCGGAGACGGAGACGAAACGAGUCGUGCACGCGAAGACUCGGGGAAUCCGGAUCCCGAUCAGGUUUGUAAGGCGGCGGCGGAGGACGGAUCGGAAGUAAGCCACUCGGGCGAGUCGGGGACGUCGGCAGGAUUCGGGAGAACGUGGAAGAGGAGCGGCAAGGAAGGUCAGGGCGGCGGCGGAGAGAUGAGAACGGUCGCGGGUGAAUCAGAGCCGUUGAUUUUAUUCCUUGAAAUGAUUCGUGCCCAUCCACGUGGAUCCUUGUUCGAGCGCCGGCUUCGAAUCCAGGGGACGGAGGAAUACAAGAGGCUGGUUAGAGAGCAUUUGGACAUGGAGACAAUACAGGAAAAGCUGGAAAAAGGAUACUACGCUUCCUCCAUCAUCUCCUUCUACAGAGACCUCCAUCUUCUCUUCACCAACGCCAUCAUCUUCUUCCCUAACUCUUCCCCCGAAUCCAUCGCCGCCCACCAACUCAGAACCCUCGUCUCCACCAAAAUCAACCAGGAAUUCGGAAAACUGACUGCCAAACAAGACCCUGAAACAUCAGACUCGUCGCUCACGAGGCAGAAACCUUCAGACCCUCUGGUCCCCUGCAAGAAAAGGAGAUUGCUUUCAGCUAAGCCUUCUUCCCCUUCUUCCAGUUUUAUCCUAAAAGAGGAGAAGACAUCAGACCAGGCUUCGGCAGACGACAAGAUUGUCGCCAGUGUAAGAAGCUCGAGGAGGAGAACCAACAAAGGGGUUCCUGCUCUCGCUACGAGUACCAAGACCAACAAGAAGCAGAUGGGUUCCAAAACGAACUCACCAACCGAUAAAAAGCAGGAGACUGCUAAAGCCGAUAAGAAGAAGAGUGUAGCAGAUUUCUUGAAGAGAAUAAAGAACUCUCCAGCGAACUCUCCAAAGAAAGGAGGAAACAGGUCGAAAGGUCAGAAAAAGAGCAGUGAUAACGGUAAGAAAGAUAAAGAUACCAAAACGCGACAGAGAGAACUGAGGAGCAACAAUGCCGGUAAAAAGAAGGUCGAAGAAGAUAACACUCCAUUGAAACGAAGCAGAGGGAGACAACAGAAGAAGGCGGCAGAGGUCGCGGAAUCUUCAGGCAAACAGCCCAAAAAAAGAAAAAGAAGGUGACUUUUGGAAAUGGUUUAGGGAUUGUGUUGUAUAUUUUAUGUAACAGUAUCAGUUCAUGUGGUCUGCUUUUGGAGGAGUGAUAGAAUUUGUAGGAGUGUUGGCUUUCCGAAUCAGUAUUCUUUCUUGAUUUUAAGAAAUUACUGAAUUAGGUGUCACAAUCAUAGUUCAGGGGUUUAAUGACCUCAUCUGGCCUGUUUUUCCUCCGGUCGGGUUCUUUGCCCAUUCCCAUGUCUCGAUUCCCUUAAAAAUAGGGUGUCAAACGAGUCGGCUCGGAUCGUUUGAGGUUCGGUUCGUUUGGCUCGGAUGGUUUUGGACGAUUUCUGUCAUUAGACUUCCUCUCUCCUGAAGAGAACAUAAGCAUAGAAGAAGUCAGUUACCUGUUACGAAGCAGAAUUAAGGACGAACCAAAUCCACUAAGUGCCCAUUUGGUGAAUUUGAUCUUCCAUAUUGGCAUUAUACUUUAUGCAUAUACAAAAUAUUUUUAUGA